CAUUUUGCCAGCAGUUCCGUACAAAGUUGUGCUGCCCAGUUUGUGCUGAUUACAUAAGAGACUGGCAGCUCCUCUUCUGCCAGAGCUGGGAUGCCCGGGUAACCGUCUGGUACGCAGUCCUGCUUCUCCCCUCCUGUGACGGGACUUGAAACUCAGCGGUAGGGAAAAGUCCACCAGCUCAACCCAGGGAGCUGAAUGUACUUCAAGAGGAACACAGCGAGUACAUGAAUGCGGCUCUGUCUGAAUUUCAAUAGAAGAAGAACUAGUUCUGCUCAGUGCGGAUCCUCUGCCCCACGCUGGAAAUGAUGGAGGCCAGCAUCCUCUUCUGCCGUGCCUGCCUCGUGCUGCUUGCCACACCCAUCUACCUGCUGUCGUUCCUGGGAAUAUGGCAACCUUUCUGUAAAAAGAUUUUUUUUCCUUUCUUCUUAGAGCAUUUUUCUGCAAUUCAUGGAAAGAAAACAAAGAAGCAGAAGCAGGAGCUAUUUCGUAAUCUCCCCGACUUCAAGAGCCCUUCGGGAGAGCUGAAGCUGCUGGAGAUCGGGACCGGCUGCGGCGCCAACUUCCAGUUCUACCCACCGGGCUGCAGAGUCACGUGCACCGAUAUCAACCCCAACUUCCAGCAAGGCCUUUCGAGAAGCAUGAACAAAAACCAGCACCUGCACUACGAGCGUUUCCUAGUAGCUGCAGGAGAAGACCUGCACGAGGUGCCCAGCGGGUCCGUGGAUGUCGUCGUCUGCACCCUGGUCCUCUGCUCCGUGCACGACGUGAACGGGACCCUGAAGGAAGCCCUGCGAGUGCUCAGACCAGGAGGCGCUUUCUACUUCUUAGAGCACGUGGUGGCUGAUCGUUCCAGCUGGAAGUAUUUUUGGCAGCAGAUCUGCUACCCGACUUGGAAACUCGUCUUUGAUGGAUGCUGCCUAACGAGAGAGAUAUGGAAGAAUCUGGAACAGGCCAAAUUCUCGGAGCUGAACUUGCACCACCUCAGCAUAGCGCUGCCCUGGACGCCCAUCCAGCCUCACAUCGCGGGUUACGCCGUGAAGUAACUCCCUCCGCCCUGCCAGGCCUUCCCCCUGCCCACACCCCUCAAAUUCCCUCCCAUAACCCACACAAAUAACGCGACAGGGGCUAGGCCAGACACCUGAACCUUGGGAACACCUGACGGCCUGUAAGAGAGUUUCGGAUUCAAGCAGCAAAGAGAGGGACCGUUUCCUAAACAUCUCUCGACGCCCUCGCGCUGCCGACUGCACCUCGGCCCGUGGAGGAUCCCAGGAGGAGGCUGCAGAAUGCAAAACAGCCUGGCAGGCAGAUUUAAAUUAAAAAAAAAAAAAAAAAAGGGAUUAACACAAGGGAACUUCUGCCUACGUCUGGCUCUGGGCAAGGAUUCCUUCAGGCACUCCCCGGCCGAGGGACCCGCUCCCCUCUCCCCACGGCCUCGCAGAAGGAGCAGACCCAAGCCCUCGGCACCCAACUUCUGCUCAGCCCCAGGUUCUUUCCCGACAAAAGCCGGGGCUCGGGGGGCAAGGGCCGGGCCCCUCCGCGCCUCCCCGCCCAAACCCCUUC